CCCUGGGAGGGAGCUCGGGGUCCGCUGCCCCUGGUGUUCUGGGACCGAGGGGCACAGGAGCCACUUCAACUGUGACCAUGCGGAAGCCGGACGGGAAGAUCGUGCUGCUGGGGGAUAUGAACGUGGGUAAAACGUCUCUGCUUCAUCGCUACAUGGAGCGUCGCUUCCCGGACACGGUCAGCACCGUGGGUGGCGCCUUCUACCUGAAGCAGUGGCGCUCCUUCAACAUCUCCUUAUGGGACACUGCAGGAAGGGAGCAGUUCCAUGGCCUGGGCUCCAUGUACUGCCGUGGGGCAGCUGCUGUCAUCCUAACAUAUGAUGUGAACCACCCUCAGAGCCUGUUGGAGCUGGAGGACAGGUUUCUGGGCCUGACAGAGACAGCCAACAACGACUGCUUGUUUGCCAUUGUGGGAAACAAAGUGGACCUGGCCAUGGAGCGGACCACAGAGGGCGGGGACAAAGGAGAGGCCUCUGGGAAGGCGGGUAGCUGUGUCUCCUCCAAGAUAUCCAGGCAGGUGCAGCCAGAGGAUGCCAUGGCCCUUUACAGGAAGAUCCUGAAGCACAAGAUGCUAGAUGAGCAAGAGAUGCCAGCUGCCGAGCAGAUGUGCUUUGAGACCAGCGCCAAAACAGGGUACAAUGUGGACCUCCUGUUUGAGACCUUGUUUGACCUGGUGGUGCCUAUGAUCGCCCAGCAGAGGGCUGAGGAGCCAUCCCAGAUUGUGGAUAUAGCCAGCUGCAAAACACCCAGACGGACUGGAUCUGGGUGCUGCACCUGAUGGCAGAGGUCUCCCGCGCGUGUGUGUGCCAGCUCUGGGCUCAGAAGUUUCACAGAACACUGUGUAUAGAUGGCAUGGGGUGGAAAUGAACACCAGCUGCUAGAACAAGCCAAGAUACCCAGCUACCUCUGGGUAUCAGGAGGUAGUACUGAAACCCUCUGCAGAGCCAGCCUGGUACCACCUUGUCUGCUGCCCCGUGCAUAUCAGCCACCAUCAUGGGGCUUGCAGCCUGGGGACCUGCCGUGGACUGGGCUUGACUUUCAUGGUCAUUGGUCACUACAUCCUGCACUGUCUGUUGUCUGUGAUGUCCUGUUUGAUACCUGUACCUGAUGGCAUUAUGAUGCCGAUUCUCCAUGUUUAAUUUAUAAGAAAUCAGGAAUGCCUGUUUUUAUACCGGGUGAGACUGGGUGGGCUACAUGUUAUUAAAAAGGAGUUGAGGAAAA